AUGAGAACAACUCGGAUUGCUCAAACUAAACAACAAGGUAAUUAAAAUAAGUUGACUUCAAUCAAAAACACUCUUAAGUUUCAAUUCGAAGAUGAAAAUGAUAAAAAUAAUGAUCGUACAACAAGUCCAUCAAUAACUAUUAAAGAUUUAUGUUAAGAAGAUAAAGCCAAAAUAGGAGAUCUAAUUAAAAGAUUAGCUUAAGAGUAAGAAGAAAAUAAAAAGCUUUAAGAGUAAAUAAAAUAAAAAGAAGAAGAAUGCAAAAAGUAGGUAACUAAAUACAAAUAACUUUCUGAAUCAGCAAAAAAAGAAUAAAAAUAAACAGAAGAGAAAUUCAAAGAAUCUUUAGAAGUAAUUAAGAAAUUGCAAUAGUAAGAAUAACUAAUUUAAGAAUAAAUGCUUUUAACAAGAGUGAAUAAAUUUGACUCAUUCACCUAAUAUGAAAUAGAGAACAAAGAAAAUAAUUCUAAAGUUUCCUAACCACCUUCAUUACCACCUCCAAAAUAAUAAAAGAGUGAAAUUUUGUAAUUAAAAGCAGAAAUAGAAGAAUUUACAAAUAGUUUGAAAUAGUUAUAGUUUGAAUCAAGCAGUUAAGAAAAAUAAGAUAUUUCUCUAUUAAGAAGAGUACUUAAACCAGAAACUAAAUACGAAAAACAAAAAGUGAUUCCAAGACAUUUCACACCUGUAAAUGUGCCAAAGCCCGAACAAAAGAAACAUAUUGAAGUCUAAACUAUAGAUUAUGGAAAUAUUAUAAAUCCUCAUUAAAAUUCAGCAGAUAAAUAAAUCUAAACUGAAACUGAAAGCUUUGUUAUAAAUUCUCAAACAUCUAAUUUUUUCAAAAAAGAACCAGAGUAAAUUCAACCUCAAAUUAAUAUCAAAACUCCAGCAACCUAAAAAAGCAAUUAAACUACUAUUAGAUUUUGUGAAGAAUUUAAAGCUUUGGAAGAUAAACUUAAAUAAAAUCAGAAUCAAUAUUAUAAUCCUAAUCAUGAUUUUUCUGUAUAAUCAGAUAGUUUUUAAUAAAACUAGCAUUUAUAGGAUGAAUCAUCAGAUGAUGAAGAAGAAUAUAAUAUUGCUUAAGAAUUGCUUAAACGUAAAAAUCAAAGAAUUUCACAACAAUAUUAAAAAAGGUCAUCAAUUGGAUCUCAAAGAGGUUUAUUAUAAUAAUAAUAAAUUUCUGAUGUUAGUAUAUAAAAAUAACAAUAGUUUCUCUAGAAUAAUAGUUAUUAAUAAUAAAUAUAGAAUCCUUAUUAUUAAUAAUAAACUUCAUCAGCUUAAUAAUAGAAUCUAAUUUCAUCAAAUUAUUUCAAAACUAAUACUCUAAGUUUUAAUUUAACUAAUUAAGAAUAUACACCAUAAUAAUCAGUUCAAAAAUCUGCUGAAUAAUUUGGAUCUAGCGUUAUGCAGACACCUCAAUAGAGAGAUAUGAUUACUUAAUAGUUAUAAUUUUCUUAAUAAGAAGAAGAAAUAGAUUCAGUUAUAACUAGUUUAAAUGGAAGAUCAUUCAAUAAACCUAAUGUUUUAUAGUAAGAAGAAUAUCCAAUGAUUGAAUAGUAACAAGAGUCUUAUUCUUCAGAGUCUUCAAUACCUAGAGAAGAAUAUUAAAAAUUAAUUGAUAAGUACAUGAAAGAUAAUUAAGAUUCAGAAGAUGAUUGA